AUGACGGCUGUUAAUUCUGCUCCAGGUGGCUCUCUAGUCACUGCUAAGAAUGCAGUGCGGGAACUGAGACCCAAGGCUGCUUUCUUAGUCGGCUUUUGCAUGGGAUUAAACGCACAAGCCACCAAACGAGGGGAUGUAGUGUUAUCCUCUAAACUUUCAACCGAACAAUUCACAGCUCCAGUAAGAAGAAAUAUUGGCAAACUUAACUUGUUUUCAAUUGAAGGCUGGAAUCCACCAUUGAAAGAUCCAGUAAGUGAAAAAACAGUACAGGUACACCGUGACAGUGACAUAUUCAGUGGUAGUCAAUUCAUCACCAAGCAACGCCGUAUAUCUCAAUCUCGCGUGAUUGCAGUUGAAAGAGAAGGGGAAGGUAAGAUUAUCUACAUAUUUAACUAUUGCAACAAUUUGAUGUAUAGCAUUCAAUUCGAGGUCUAAAGUAGAACUCUAAAUUGUCCUUUUUGGCAACAGCUUGUGACCAUGGAAAUUCACAGUACUUCAUUGGUUUGUUGACCAUGGUUGGCAAUGUUGUCAGUGAUCAAUAAUAGGGUGCAAACAGCUGGUCUCUUAUGGUAUUAAUAAUUCGUACGUCAACCAUGUGUUUACAUAAAAAUAUUUUGGAGAAGUAGUUCACAAGUUAAAUAUUUUGCAAGGAAACAUAAAUUGUUAAGCUUAUUAAAACACAAUAAAAUUUAGUCAUUACACUGCAGAGAAAAAUUUACAGCUUUGCUAGAUUCUUGCAUGUUCACAAAGGAUUGGACAAAGCUUUAAGCAAGAGCCAAGGCUGCAAAGAGACAUCUUUUAUUGGUCUGUUUUUCUUACCACUUACAGGACUGUUUGCUGCAGCUCAUGAUAUGAGCAUUGAAUGGGUGAUUGUUAAAGGGAUAUCGCAUUUUUCUGAUGAUAGCAACACUCCUGAUGAGUCCUGGAAGUCAUUUGCUUCCAUCAUGGCAGCUUCUGUUGUGUCUAACAUGUUAAAUGAUCCAGUAGUUUUUAAAGAAUGGCCUCACUAUGAAGGUAUGUGACAUCCCUGUUCUAAUGAUAGAUAAUAAAUAAAUUAUUAAUAGUGAUGAAUUUUCUGUUCAGAUAAUUAUUUUUUUAUGUUGGCUGGUUCAAUAUUAUCCUUGAAAACGAUUGUCAAACGACGGCCUGCAAAUAUCAGUAGAUGGAGUGACUUUUCGCCGAAAGCAUACUGUAUAAGUUUUGUUGAGAUUGUUUAAAUAAUGACUAAACACCUCCUAUCUAUUAAAUGCCCCCAAUGGUUCAAGUUUUUUACUCUGUUUGAAACUGAAAUACAUGCAUACAUUAAUAUUCAAAUACUAAAUAACAAAGGCCAAAAGUAAAAUUUGUUUUGAGGGGUUUUCGAAUUUAUAACACUUUUUUUCUUCACAGACUUGACAGCAAAGAAUCAGCAAGAGACAACCACAAAGCCAGACAAACAGAUGCCAGGUACUAUAUAUUCCGUCAAUUUUUUACACUAUAAAUCCAGAAGUUUUUCCAGAUUAAAUGAUUGAGCACUGGUUUCACUAAUAUAAAUGUUAUAAUCUUUUAAAGUUGUUUGUCACAUAUGCAUCUGAGCCCUCUUGCACUUUUUUAUUUACAAAUAACAUUGCAAUAAGACAGGUCUUUGCCAAAGGGAGCAGUCUCUUUUUGUCUGAUAUUUAAUUCCUUCCGCCCUCCAAAAAAAUUUUGCUGACAAAUGCCAUUUGAAGCCAGUCAGGCAGCUUUCUGGUCAGUAUCUGGCCAAAAAAGAACCAAAAGUGCCCAAAAUACUGUAUUUCCUCGAAUGAUAUUAGCUGGGGCUAUUAUUUCUUGGGGGCGAUUAUUCAAGGGAGGCAAUUAUUUCAAAUAGUAGAGAGUUUUAGAUCCGAGUUAACCGCGAACCUCUAACCGUGGUUUGCGGUUACCCGUUUGCGGUUCGACAUUUAAGCCUAAUUCGAUUUAGAUUGGCGGUGGAUUACAUUACGGCCGCCUUUUGAAUCAGCAGCCAUGAAUGGCACUUGUUUUCAAGAUCCAAUAGAAUUUGUAAAAUUUAGCAUUUUGCCCGAAUUUGUGCCUCUGUUAAAUUGCGGGUAAAGACUUGCUCCACAAGAUUUUUGUAUCAUUACGUGGGAUGAAACAUGAAUUAUACGCUAAAAGCUUUCAGGUAAAUGACAUGCUAAUGAAAACCUACCUCUCCACGUUGAAAAGGCAGGUCGUAAACCUCGAACGUGAUGCGAAAGACUUCAGUGUCAUGUGGCCUCCAGCGGUUAGAGGUUCGCGGUAAACUCGGAUCUAAAACUCUUUAUUCAGCUCACUCAUGGAAGUCGUGCCCUAAAUAUUUUGUUUUAUUAUCUCAUUAUAUCAAAAAAUUAUCACCUCAAUUGUGAUUUUCACCUCAAUUGUAAUUUUCAGAGCUUGAAUCGUCACUGAUCAGUUUUGCUGGAUCAGAUUCUACUUCAACUUGACAGGAAGGGGAUAAAAGAAAGUGAAGAUGGCAUGAGGGGUGGGGAGGGGGGUGAUUAUUUUAGAUAUUUCCGUCAAAAGGGGGCGAUUAUUUGAGGGAGGCGAUUACUCGAAGGACUGCUAUUAUUCAAGGAAAUACGGUACUUUAAAUUGAACACCACACUGGCCCUUUUGUUUCUUAUGCUAAUUAAUGUCAGUUUUGUUUUGAAAAGUGACACAAACCUCUCAACUUUUCCCUUUUUGCUUCCUUGCCUCAUGUUUUCCCUUAAUGUUGGACAUAAACUAAGGCUUCAUUUUGGUAAAACAGGCAUUGUUAAGUGAAACAAGAUUCCCUUAUCUUCUUGAAAAUAAACCUUUUGUCUUUGUUUCAAUUGUCUUUGAGUUAUGUGUAAAAAAAACUCUAUUAAUUAAGUAAUUGGCCAAUUUAAUUCAUGAAAGUGAUGUUGUGGAAGGGGGUCCACUCCCAAACUUUCCGCUGGUAUGGUAUAUUCUAUUCAUCCACCAAGCCCCACUAAAAAGAUUGUAAAAGGAAAGAACACUAAGACUUGCUUGCUGAUUUAAAUCCUCUGGACAAUAUCAAAUGAUCACUGGGUCAUUCCUGGUGCUGUUUCCUUUCAUUAAUUUAUAAUAUUUUAUUCAUGAUAUUUCUGCAAAUUGACUGUCCACCCCUCUUGUAAAAAAAUAUAUAGUUUAAUUGAAAAAUACUUCUUGGAAAUAAUAAAAAAUUCUUUAUAAUAGAUUCUGUAUGCCUUGAAGAGUGCCAGAAACAGCUGCGAUCACUUUAUGAAACGAGUAGUAAAGUCAGAAUCAUUCCAUGGGACCAGAACUCUGCUGUUCAUAUUGACAAGAUCUACACAGACUUGUCUUGGAUCAUGGAUGACAGGACCCCCAGGGGAGUGAUACAAGAAAACCUUAACCACUACACUGAGAUUUUUGAUCACAGAGAAGCUCGUCGUGCAUCCAAGCGAAUUUUGGUUUAUGGACAGCCAGGUAAGUGAGUGAAUUAAGUAAAGAAUUUAAUUGUCUUAAACAGGAGGAUAAGUACAUGCAAAUAUCACAUACAAUGACAGUAAACACAGAAACCAUUGGUCUUUCGGCAUAAUUAAUGGACACAAGGUGUUAGCAAAUGCAUUGCAUCAGCUGUUAUCAGCUGGUGAUGUGCAGGUUUCUUGAGUGUUUUGCUGACGUAUUGUACAUUCCAAGUGGGGUAGAUUUUUUCAUGCUGUCUAGCUAAAUGGAAAGUUUGGUCUGUUGCUGGUUAUAAGUAAAUUAAAACUUAAAAAACAAAGUUUUUCUGUUAAUCAGUUUGAUAAUAAACAAUAUAUAUUUAUUGGCUUUAGAGCAAUCAGAACAAUACACUGUAUAGGCUCCCAUUAGUUUUGUUAUAAUGGUAAAAAUGUUUUAACUCAAUUUGGUCUGAAAUUCAAGUUUAUUUAAUGCCAAGUGUUAAAAGGAUAGAACUAAAAAGGAUAAAAUUCCACCACAACCUUCACAAUAGACUAAUGACUGGAAGUUGGCCCAGUUGGUUGAAGUCCGUAUUACGCUAACCUGGGCCCAGUUGUUCGAAGGCCAAUUAGCGCUUAACCUGGGCUUCUUUUUCUUGUGUUCAAAAGUAUUUUCUCGGAUAGUUUUCUCUGUUAUUUUUAGAGCUUCCAAUCAUCAACUUGUAGACAAAAAAAAAUUAAAACUGAAAUGCUUUUUAAGCUUUCAAAUCUGAAUUGAAAUCUCGCACUAACCCUGGGUUAUCUUAACCUUGCUUUGAACAAGUUGGCCCUGGGGAUAAAUUUUAACCCAGGUUUCUUUUUGUUUUAAUUGUCAAAAGCAGUUUCUUGGAUUUUUCUCUACUUGUUUUAGAUUAUCUAAUCAUCAAAUUUUAGACAAAAAGAAUUAAACUAAAUUUGCUUUUGAAGCUUUCAUAUCUGAAUUCAAAUUUCGCACUAACCCCGGGUUAUCGUAUAACCCGGCUUUAAACAACCAGGCCCUAAAUAGUCUGUGUUUUAUGAAGGAUUCAUUUCCAUUGUCUUUAUUAUGAAUAAUUUUGAUUAUUUAAAUGAGAUACCAUUAUCGAUGAAUGUAACUCCAGUUUUUAAUCAAAGCUAAGAAUUCCAAAAUGCCCCCUUAGAGGCAGGGAAACUUCUUUUUGGCUUAACUUUAGGGGCAAAGGCCACCCAUAUGUUGUUCACUCUGCAUAUGGUAUAAAAUGUUUAAACAUAAUUCCGUAAAAAAAAAAUUCUCUUUAAGUUUUAUGAAAGUUAAAAAUUCACAUUUCAAUAUUUUAGAUUCCACUUCACGUCACUUCACAUGAUAAUAUUGACAGUUUGUUCAUAUUGUCACCUAGGUAUCGGCAAGACUGUUUUCACGAAGAAAGCAACUUUUGACUGGUCCCAGCAGAGAUAUUCUGAAACAUUAGGAGCAUUUGAUCUUGUCCUUCUGGUGAGAUUACGUGACGUUAGUGAUCUCCAAGAUGUUCCGUCCAUUCUGAGGGCUUCUGAAGUGGUGGAUAGUAAUGGUGCGAUUUCCGUAGACAACCUGUAUGAUUACGUUUGUCGCCAUCAAGAAAAAGUCUUGCUUAUCUUGGACGGCUACGAUGAGUAUGUUUACAAUUCAAAAAACGAGUCGCCUGUCUUCAAAAUCUGGAAAAAAAGCCGAUUAAGAGAUUGUUGUGUUGUAAUUACUUCAAGGGAAAUGAAAGCUGAGACGUUGAGAAAUUAUAGUGAUGCUCAAUUCAAAAUUGACGGCUUUAAUGGUGAGCGCCGAGUAGAGUUUGCUCGUAGAUUUUUGAAAGAUGAUGAAGAUGUUGAAGAGUUUUUUGAAUACUUAGAGGAUCACGACCUAAGCGACCUAGCACAAAUUCCCCUUCUUUUAUUAAUACUAUGCUUGCUCUGGACGAAAACAACACGCGAAGCACUACCAAAGGAACGCGCACACAUCUUCGCCCAGUUUGUCAAGACUUUGUUUGAUCAUUUGCGUCAAAAACAGUCUGCUGAAUCAGUGGUUGUUAAAGAUUACUCAGAUGAAUUAUACGCAUUAGGACGCUUGGCCUUUGAAGCCCUUUUGCAAGGCCAGCUUUAUUUCCCUGUUAGUCAGUUACCUGCUGGCUACAGUUUGAUCGAGAGACUGAUUGAAGUCGGCCUUUUUCAGGUUUUAAAUAUGGCGAGUUUGAAUCCUAAAAAAGGCGUGUACUUUAUUCACAAAUCCGUCCAAGAAUACCUAGCUGGGAAUUUCCUGAAAGAAGAGCUGACAUCUAAAAAGGCUGAAAAUACAAAUUCCCUCUUAAAGUUGGACUCAGUUGAAAAGAUCCAAGAGAUGAUUGAGGUUUUAAAAUUUGCUGUUCAGUUGUCAGAAGAAGCCGCGCGUGACAUUCUGAUUCAACUUGGAAUGGCGGCGAAGAAAGAAGAACUGACAGAGUUCAAAUUCGACAACGAAACACCGUCAGAGAAUGACUUGUCAGAAGAACAAACAGAUUUUAUUAAUCUUUGUAAUCAGUUAUUUUUCUACUGCUCAGCUGAGACAAGAAAAAACCUCUUUCCUACAUUUCUUUCCUCUUUAGGAGGAGUUCUUGUAAUUAGUGCAGCGCAGCUAAAUGUUAUCGUAAAGGAAAAAUUAGUUCAAACUACCGAAACACCCAACUACGUUUUUUUUAAUGAAAACAGUGAGGAAGAUUAUACAGAGCAGGUCAAUAGUAAUUUUAUAAUUUUAUUACAACAAUUAAACGUAGUUAUUGUUAGCUCUGUAGGAGAAAAGAAAGCAUCAGAAUUUUUAAGCAACUCAACAUGGCGUAGGAUUGAUGAAUUUUUUUUAAAGAAAGAAGAAAACAACACUCACCUUUAUUUAGCUAAAAUUGUUAAAGAUGAAUGGGGAGACAUUCCUUUUCCUUGUGAUAUAAUAAAGGCGCUUAUUAGUAAACAAGAGACAACAAAGAAGACAAACAUGAAUGGUGAUGAGUCAAGUGAAGAGAGCAGCAGCAGCUGUUGUUCAAAGCGUCAUGGUCUCUCCAGGGUUCGGAGGAUUGAAGCUAAGCAUGUGAACUGGUCAGAUGUGAAACGGAUGAGUGAGAUCAUGCAGUUUAUCACCGCUCCACACAAGAUACUGGUUUGGGGUUUUUACAGUGAAGUGUUUGAUGCUGAGGUAACAGAGUCUCUGCUGAGGAGCAUCCAAGUAACACACAAACUGAAGGAAUUAUCACUCUGGAAUAUCAAUGUAACAUCAUCACCUGCUGUGGAGUUCAUCAACAAUUUAUUUAAAAAAGCCCCAAACUUGGAGGAGCUCGACAUGUCAUACAAUCCUCUUCUGGGUGCAGGAGUAGACAGCUUGAUUAAACAUCUCAGCUGCGCUCCUCACCUGAAGAAACUGCAGCUUUACGGUGUGAAGACGACUCAACAGCAGGUGAUGGAUCUGUCAUCAGCCAUCAAGCAGCACGGCAACAUCACUGAACUGUCGUCAUACUACCACGUAAGUUUUCCAAUUUUAUCGCAAUUUGUUUCUUUAUUCUUUGUUUACUGUUUAUUUCUACUCAGCUCUUGCCUUUCGCCAUUUUCCUUUCUUUGUCAUUUUUAUACUCGACAAAACACGAGAUUUACUUUUGAAAACAAAUCACAAACUUUAGCAGAUUCAAAGUAUCAUUUCAAAUUCAUUCCUUUCAAUUGAUUAAACUAAAUCCAAAAACAUGUUUUAACCGAGAACAAGUAAAUUAAUCUGAGGGUGUUUUCACUGUGCAAAAUAAUGGAUCAGCGAGCAGAUAUGAAAUUUCUCUUUGAGUCUGGUUCAACUCGAUAUGAGCUCACUUAACAAACUUGUGAUAUAUGUAUUAACACAAAAAUUCCAUAGUAUUAAUUUCUCAAUCAAUUUUAAUUCAUAUCUUUUCAUAAAAUGAUGAAUAACAAGCAUAAAGUCAAAAUAUGUUUUGUUCAUGUUCGACAAUUCAAACAAACAAAAUUUGCAAAAAUCAAGAGAAAAAAAGUUAAACACUUACAGUUUCACUUUUAUCGCUAAGGUUUUCGUAAAAUCAGCAAAACUCAAGUAAAGUUUCAUUGAGAGUCCAGAAAACGAAGAAGUCUUUUUAGAGCUGUCCUUUUGUUUGCGUUUGCGUUUGCGUUUCCCUUGCGUUUCGGUAAAUGCUUGUCCUCCCGUAAAUAACCUCACUGUAGCGUAGGUUUUUGAGAUAAGAUUCCACAAAAAAUAUAAUUCCUCUGAGACGCUUUGGUUGAAAUUUAACACCAUACAUUUAAUCAUAGGUAAAAGCACUCUUCUAUGGUACUAGCUGUCUAUUUUUGUCGGUUACUUGUUUUCCGGUUUUACGACGAACACAACAAAUCCUGCGUCACUUCGUGUCUUGUAUGAAUGAGUUGAAGUUCUUAAAUGUAGUUUCCUAUAGCUUGCACAAAUCCUUUGACAAAUUCCUGAGUACAUGAGACGAAUUUUUCUCUUAACUGACAUUUUACGGUGUUUUCUCAUUCUUUUUGUGUCCAUCUUGAGUAUUUUUGCGUUGAAAGUUUUCUUUGACGAGCAAACUCAACUGAAGUGAACAACAAACUACAAAAUCAACAAACUGUCAUUCAAAGUGGCGUGAAAGAAGGCUUGUGACGUGGCGACAGCUGAUUGGUUAUAUAACUACCCACCUGGUAGAAUUUUCCCGCCUUUCGUUUGGCAGCGCAGCAAGCGUUUCUUCAGACGAGACGCAGGUUUUGUUGCGCCUCCCCUCCCAACCCCCACUAAGGAAAAACUGAUCUUUGAGAAUUUUAUCAGACCAAGAAGUUAACAGAAGAAAGGGCUCCAAGGUUGCAAUAAUUCGCACAUUUUUAGAGUAUGUUAUGUGAUUUUACUGUUUUGAAAGUCUUGCAUGCAAAUUUUCGAGGUUGAAAAGAAGAGUGUGGGCUUUAAGGUGAUUCCACAGUAAAAGAACCUAACAUAGAUUGUAGCUAAAACUUGGUGCACUGAUGUAACAAGUCAAGAAGAUGAUAAAAAAGUAAUAAAAAGUGGGGGUCACCGUGCUCGUUUUGACGUCACAAUGCUGACAAAUACGGCUAUUUAGGACCCUUAAAACCGCGUGCAGCCCAAAACUAGACAAAAAGGAGAGAUUUUUUCGAUGAUGCAUGUGGCAUCACACAGAAUUUGACUUUAAUGUAUUGUUUAUCCACUUACGUACCAGAAAAAUGGCUUUUAAUGUCCUUGUUUUUACUUUACGCUCCAAAGUAGAAUUAAAUUGGACGCGCACUUUUCGAACCGUGAUGGCUCAAUCCGUACAAUUUAGUAAAAUUGCCAAAAAACUGAACAUAGACUUGUGCCAAUUUUUUUCUCAUCGAAAGGAAGCACUGUCCUUAUUAAAAUCAUGAAAUAAAUAAUGGGGGUCACCGUACUCGUUUUUGCGGUAGAGCUGCAGAAAGUGCGCAACAAACGCAUUUUUUCCAAUUUUUGAGAGAGGACUGGGGCGAGUUUCAAAAUAGAAUGUAUGUGAAAGGGGGGAAGAAAGUAUUAAAAAAUCCGUUUUUACAGAAUUUACAUCGAGACAUCACAUUUAGGACACAAUAUGAUAAAGAAAGUGUUUAAAUGAAAAUCAAAGUGAGUAAGCACAAGUUAAACAUCCACUAUCGAGGUUCUCCGAGAGGAGGUCGAACUCAGCAACACGCGUACUUCUUACGUUAUGCACAUUCCCAACACAUUGAGUCUCACCGCGGCAAGAAACAACAGCAAGCAAAAAUUCCAAUAGCGUUUCUCUUCAGUCAACAUGCUCUUUUUUACGGCGGCCAUCUUGUUAUGCACAGUAAGAGAUGCGCAGUGCAAAACUAAGGAAUCACCUUAAGCUGCAAGCACCUGUAGAGGUGCGUCCAAGAAGGCAGAUAUAUUUUCUGUUGGUUUUGUCGUUUUCCCCUCUUUUUCUUAUUUUUAACUCCUUUUUUCAACAGAACUUUAGUUCAUGAGGCCUUUGCUUUUUUCUGUAUGUAGGUAAUUUCUAGUCACUAUUAAACGACACAAAAAUUCGGAAAUUUGGGGUUGAUAAGGAAAAAUCAGGAACUUCUCGCCAUGGAUGCUGGUUUACACUAGCGACCGAGUCGGAGGUGGAGUCGUAAGAUCGCUUAUGACCUAGUGAAAAUAAAAAAUCGGAGUCGUAAGCGGAGUAAACUGAUAUCAGGUUCUGUUUUCGUUUCGCUUUGAAAAUUACAUUGGGGCGGGCAAGGCGAUUUUUUUAGCGGUAGCCGUUAGAGAGAAUGCAUGACAACCGCUAAAAUUGGGCCUGAUCUCAGGUUACAAGCGGCGUGAUAAGCGCGUCGGAAUCGGAGUCAGAAGAAUUAGAGCGUUUCCAUUUCUUCCGACUCCGCUUACGUUCCUCUUAUGAUCUAGUGAAAACCACGUUGUCGGAAUCGGAAGCAGAAGCAGCAGGAUAAACCAAUCCCGAUGCACGUUCUCACGCUUUGUGAUUUGUUUGGUUCUUCCGCUUCUGCUUCCGACUCUGACAAUCUAGUUUUCACUAGAUCAUGAGCGGAACUUAAGCGGAAUCGAAACCCUGUUUUCACUAGAUCAUAAGCUCUACGCUUUUGAUUACGACUCCGACUCCGACUCUGUCGCUACUGAAAAGCAGCCUUAAUUUUGAGACACUCACUAGAAAGUUUUUUAGCGCAGCGGUACUCGCAAGACCAUUCAGGACGAAAUUACUGUUUAGGGCAUGCGGAUUUUACGACUUUAAACUAAAUAAGGCCUCGGAACGUAUUGCAAAAUGAGCAAAUCUCUUGUUUAGUCCCAAAUAUAACUAAAUCAAUGAAGAAAAACGUCAUUGUCGCAAGCAGAACUUUCUAUAGUACUACUUUGACUAUGUGUUGUAGAAAUGAUCUCUUUUCGGGGUGAAAUCAGCUUGAGCUUUACUCAGAUUGGUCUUUAACAAUAUCAAAACAUCAUCAAAAGAAAAGGUUAGGAGAAGUAAUAAAAUAAUGAACAAAAGAGAAGUACUUUGAUCUUUUAUCAAGUUCUCUCAACUAAUUCUAUAAGGCAAUGUAUGGACACUAGUGUGGAGAAUUUGUAUUUUUAUAUUGGGGCUUAAUGGGUUAGUGGUACAAUUCAAGUUGUCCGAUGAGAGUUCACGUCCCCAUCACAUAGUAGUUAACCCCUGGUGUUAUUUUAACUCUUUCAUUGCUUAUCACUUAAAGAAAGGUUUUAAAAUCUAGACUACACUUUCGAUCUUUUAAACGUUGCUUUAAAAGUUGAAUGGUGCUUGUGUUAUUUUGUGAUUUGUUGUAGGAUCUUAAAGGGAACCCCAAGCCCGUACAUAAAUGGCUGUCAGAAGAGAAGUGGGAAAGGUGGUUUCCCUGGCUCGUUUCUCACUCAUCAAAUGAAUUAGAGACGCAAAAGCAACAGGUUGGUCAUCAACUUUGGCAAAAGAAAAUCGAGUAUAAUAUUUCUUGAGUUCUGUGAUUUCUUGGAGAACAAAAACUGAAAAAAAACAUUCCGUUUAAAAACGCAUGGUUUUUGGUUAGCUUUUCAGGAGUUCACUUAUUAUAAACUGAAACUAAGGGAACAGGAAAUGUGUUUCAUAUGAUAGUAGUUUCAGGCUGUUUUUUUUUCUAGUCGCGAUUUCAUAAAAACUGAGUCAAAUCAAAACAGUGCAGUUGAAUUUAAGUCUUACUAACAAUAACAAGUUAUUUCUGUGGUCUUAGACUCUUAGCUCUUUUAAGAAGUGAGCUAAGUCAUACGGAAACCGACGGUUCUCUUACAACGAUAGCUUUAGUUGUGGAAGUUACUGUCCGAACAAUAUUGCAACGGACUGCAAUCCGUUUCGGAAAUGUUGAGUGUUGUGUUUAUUUUUUGUCAGGUCGAUUCAUUUUCUGAAUCUGAGGAUGAGAAUGAGGAAGAGUGGGUGAGUUAUCGGCUCUAAAACACAAUGUGUAGCAGAGUGUUUUUCAGGAGUUUUUUAUAGUUGAUGGGUUGGGUUUGUUAUUAUUGAUUUGUUUGUUUGUUUGUUUUUUUCCUUUUUCUCGGCCAUGUUUUAUCAGAUUUAAAAAACUUGCCUUACAUUUUAAUUUACUUUGAAUUUUCUUGAUGACGUGUUGUUUAUUUUAUUUUUUAAGUUUUAUGGUAUGACUUUAAACGUUACUCUUCCUAAUAUCUAAGAUUUUUGAUACAGAUUCACUUUUUUAUCAACAAGACUUGCGUCAAUUAUUUGGUUCCUUUAUCUGGGAAAAUAGUGACACUGUUAGAAGAUUAGAUUUACUAUGGCAUUUUCAAUUUUUAUUGACUUGAAUCAAGGACUAAAACUCUCGUUGUGUACAUGAAGACUGAAAUAACGAUCCUAAGAGAUAAGAAAUGGAUAGUGUAUAGUGUUAAGUGUGUGAUUUUUGGCAGGAUGAGGAAGGAAUCAUCCAGUCUGAAGAAGAAAUAGCCGAAGAAAUGUUAUCAUAUGAAUCAGAAGACAACCAGGACCAG